AUGUCGAUGAGCCCUAAGCAUACGACUCCUUUUUCUGUAUCCGAUAUCUUGAGUCCUCUUGAGGAGAGCUACAAAAAAGUAAGUAUGGAGGGUAAUAACUUGGGCGCUCCUCUGGCAUCGUACCGACAGCCGCAGGUCUCUCAGGCGACAAUGCAGCAGCACCACAUGGGCCACAAUGGGACCGUACCGGCUGCUUACCACAUGACUGCAGCUGGAGUUUCCCAACUGUCACAUACUGCAAUGGGGGGCUACUGUAACGGAAAUUUGGGAAACAUGAGCGAUCUUCCGCCCUAUCAGGACAGCAUGAGAGGCAGCACAACAGCCACCAGCUGGUACGGAGCAAACCCAGAUCCACGUUUCUCAACAAUAUCUCGCUUCAUGGGCUCCUCCUCCGGCAUGAACAUGGGCAGCAUGGGCAGCCUCAGCUCCCUUGCGGAUGUAGGCAAAGGUAUGGGCCCGCUUACAAGCACACCGAGAAGGAAGAGGCGCGUUCUCUUUUCUCAAGCUCAGGUUUAUGAGCUCGAACGACGAUUCAAACAACAAAAGUAUCUCUCUGCGCCGGAGAGGGAGCACCUGGCUAGCAUGAUUCAUCUAACUCCGACCCAAGUCAAAAUAUGGUUUCAAAACCAUCGUUAUAAAAUGAAGAGACAAGCCAAGGACAAGGUGUCCCAGCAGCAGAUGCAACAGGAGAGCGGAUCCUGUCAGCAGCAACAGUCACCACGGCGGGUGGCCGUACCUGUGUUGGUAAAGGACGGAAAGCCGUGCCAAGGCAGCGGCCACACUCCCACCAGUGCAGUACAAAGCCACCAUCAGCAAGGCGGUAACAUUAUGAUCAUGUCCAAUAACAGUACUUCUAUGGGCCAGCAUCAAAGUCAGCAGGUAGGCAGUGCAGGCCAGUCUCCCGACUUGGCCCAGCACUCUGCAAGCCCCCCCUCUCUUCAGACGCAGGUGCCUGGCCUAUCUCAUCUGAACUCCUCUGGUUCCGAAUACGGGGCGGCCUUGCCUUGUUCUGCUCUACUUUAUGGUCGGACGUGGUGA